CCUCGUGUGCGAUGUACAUCCGUGGAGCGAAUGUUGUUGACUAGAAAUAACAGAGGUUAGUGUACCGAGGCUCGCCCAUCGCAAGUCCGUCAGCUCCACAUCUCCAUCUCCAACAUCUUUCUGCGCCAAAGCUCCCACAACUCCACAACGUUGUCGCAAGACUUCCAGUCCCCAUACAACACCUCCAGAAUGCAGCCCUCACCCCUCGCGAACCCAUUGGCAACCGUAGCCCAGCUCGAAACCUCCGGUUCCCAACUCGACGGCAUCCCAUCUGAUCUCGAAGACUCAAUCCGUUUCGCCGGCGCCCGCCUCACACAAGCCGCAGGCAUACUCCUCCGCCUCCCACAAGAAGUCGUCGCACAAGCUAUCGUAGUAUCCAUGCGCUUCUGGCUCGGCCCGGAAGGAGGAAGUCUCGCAGAAUUCGGCGCAGAACAAGUCUCAGCCGCAUCGCUAUACCUCACCACGAAGCUCUCUGCCUAUCCCAAGUCAGCGCGCAGUCUGGUUAACGUGUACGCGUAUCUUGAUUCGUUACCGGUUACCUAUUUCGACGGAGACCAUCUGGAGCAGUCGAAGGAUGCGGCGAGAUAUUAUGUGAGCGAGGGCACGUACGAGCGGCGCCGCGCAACGCUGUUCACGACCGAACAACGUAUUCUUCGUACUCUUGGGUUCAAUGUUGCCGUCCAGUUACCGUACACGCUAUGUAUAACAUAUAUGCAAGCACUCGACAUCUUCUCCCAUCCUCGCGCAUCCGAACUUGCGAAACGUGCGAUUGCGCAUUUGAAUACUGCGUUACUGAGUCCGCAGUGCCUGUACCUUACGCAUCAGCCACCGGCGCUGGCGACGGCAGCUAUCUAUCUGGCGGCGAGGGAGACGGGGAUCAAGAUGCCAGAGUGUGAGUGGUGGGAGGUGUUUGAUACAGAUAGAGAGGUUUUGGGGUUCUUGUGUGUGGGCAUGUUGAGUCUGGAAGGAUUUGCAAGGGAGGAACAGAAGAGGUGGGAGGGGAGGAAGUGUCCGAUGAGUGUUGAAGCAUUGGAGAGGGAGAUCGAGAGGAGGAAGGAGGAAGAGGUGGAUGAGGCUUGAGGCAGGCGCCUGGAAGAUGACAAAAAACUUGCGCAUUGUGCAUCAUGGCUUCUCACACGAUAUGCGCCAUAAAGUUUGGUCCUAUCUUGAAACCUACGGAAUACACAUCACGGAUACUACAGGCCGCAUGCCAAUACCUCGUA